GCCUGCUCUGUGAGAGACUCAACGGGGUCAGGAACGGGUCGUCAUCCCCAGGGACACGCACGAGCACGUCCCCCCGGAGAGCUCAGGACGUGAAGUCCGGUCCGGCGCACCACAGCCAGCACACAGCUAACACCGGUGGACUGAGACCGAGGAACCGUUUCUUCAGCUCCGGGGGAAAGGACCAUAGACGCUGAACGACUCUCACGCACACGCGCGUCAGCGUUCAGGAAGCAGCGGGGCAGGCAGACAGGGGUCAGGUGUCCAGGUCGUAAGAAGCCAUGGGUGACUGGAGCCUUUUGGGGAACUUCCUAGAGGAGGUGCAGGAACAUUCCACCUCGGUGGGGAAGGUGUGGCUGACCGUGCUCUUCAUCUUCCGCAUCCUGGUGCUGGGUACGGCAGCUGAAUCGUCGUGGGGCGACGAGCAGUCCGACUUCAUGUGUGACACGCAGCAGCCUGGCUGCACCAACGUAUGCUACGACCGCGCCUUUCCCAUCGCCCACAUCCGCUACUGGGUGCUGCAGAUUGUGUUCGUGUCCACGCCCUCACUCAUCUACAUGGGCCACGCCAUGCACACGGUCCGAGCCGAGGAGAAAAGGCGGCAAAGGGAGCAGGAGGAGUGUGAGGCCGGGCAGGGAAGAGGAGGUGACGGAGGAGGAGGUGAGAAGGCGUACCUCGAGCAGAAGGAGAAGGCGUCCGAGACACCAGCCAAGAUCCGCCUGAAGGGGGCGCUCCUGCAGACAUACGUGCUGAGCAUCUUGAUCCGCCUGGUUAUGGAGGUGACCUUCAUCGUGAUUCAGUAUAUGAUGUAUGGCAUCUUCCUGAACGCCAUGUACCACUGCAACACCUUGCCCUGCCCCAACCCUGUCAACUGCUACAUGUCACGGCCAACAGAAAAGAACGUAUUCAUCGCCUUCAUGCUGGUGGUGGCUGCUGUCUCGCUGUUCCUCAGCGUGGUGGAACUCUACCACCUUGGCUGGAAGAAGUGUAAAGGACACGUUACAAGGUGCAGGGAGAGUCGCAUCACUAACGGCAAUAUCGACGCCAGUGACAAAAGUGGGAAGGCUGUCUCCACAGCGACUGCAGUCAUGGCAACCAUCAGCAUGGAGCUUCCAGACACGCCACAGUCACAACCUUCCCAAAUACACACACCACCGCCGGAUUUCGAUCAGUGCCUGGCUUCAGCAGGUCCGACGUCGCCUGCGCUCCUUCAUCACCAUCAUCUCCAUCCACUCCACUCAAACUACGAGCCUUUUUCCAACCACUUGGCCCACCAGCAAAAUUCGGUCAACAUGGCCACCGAACGCCACCGCUACAGUCGAGAUGAGGUGGGCGCAGGUGAGGACUUCCUACGGAUGAGCUACGGGCACCCGUCAGUAACGGCAGCGCCCUGCAGACAUGGCCCAUCAGAAUUGUCGCCCAGUGUUCCCUCCACGCCCAGGUCUGAUGGCAGCUUCGUCAGAGACAAGCUCCGCCUCAGCAAGACCAGCGGUUCCAGCAGUAACAGAGUCCGGCCGGAUGACCUAUCUGUGUGAGACAGGCUGGACCACAAGCCCAGUGGAGAGAAGUGCCAUGCAAAAUCCUAGAGGUGCAAGAGAAAGACAGAGAGUCUUCAGUAAGUUAUUGGUACUAGCAGCAGACUACAAUUUUAGAUGACCAACUUCUCUCUAGUUGCAUAAAGAUCAUCUUAAAGCUGCUGUAAGCAAUGUUGAGAGUUUUUGCAGCAGACUUUGCCACCACAGAAAUUUCACUUUAAUCCCAUGACUUCUAUGCAAAUGACACACCAAAGCCCCUCCCUUUAAAGACAUGCACACUUAACACUUAGCCCUCCCUUCUAUGUGCUAUGCCCCCAGAUAAGUGGCAGGCGGGUAGGACAGCCUUCUUGUAGAAAUAUUUUCUGAUUGGUUAAUACAACCAGAAUGCACUGAAUUUUUAGCUGUUGAUUACAGAUCUUGGGACAUUUUUAGAGCAUCAUUUUAAUGAUAGUUAAAGGAUUUUAAGACAGUUUUGCCGGUGUUCUUUUAAAAAUGGCUUACAUUUGCUUUAAGUGGCAAUGGACAUAAUGGAGAGAAGAAUGACAGAGAAUGAGGUAGAAGGAAAAGGGUAAGAAUCUGUAUCAGAGCACCUAAUCUGGUUUCAUUGAAACUAUAGUAUAGUGUAGUACAUGGAUGAAAUAACAGUGAGACUAAGAAUAACUAUAGAUGGGAUUUCACACUGUACAAAUAAACUUAAGUCUUGGAAAAAGACACUGAUGCACAAUGCAACUUUAUCCUCAAAGAAAGGUCAAUAGUGAGAACAACUUUAUCAUUAACCUCCUGUUCACUAUCCACGGGUCAGAUUUGUACAAUCAGUCUCUUCUUAUCUUCAGAAACCACACAGCAAACACACCAGUCAUCCCAAAACCAGGCUAGUGUACAAAAAGCCAGACUACCUGUAAAAAUUUCAGCCAAAGAGCUCCAUCUCAAUAUGUUAGUGUGACACUUUAAUGGAGCCAAAACUGUGAAAAAAGACCUCAGACCCUUGUGUGUGAGUGACAAGUAAUUAUUUAGAUUCUGGACCAUGGAUUGCAAUGCUACUGUGAAUUCCAAAGAGAAUUUCACUUCCACUGACCACAUCUUAUGGAGAUCAUGUUUGCGCAGUGUGGAUGGACAGUACGUUUCCUGCGGAAAACAAAUAAUCUCAGUAAUGUCAUUGGGGCAGUUCAUUUGGCAUGGUGUGAUGAACUUGGCAAGUUGGCAGACAUUUCUAGAAAUAAAAGGUCAAAAGGAAAGCCAAACAAGCAGGAUAGCCACCACCUCUCACUUCUGCAGCUCCAGUACGAUACACCUACAGUCAAACCCUCCAAUCAUAAUCAAACGGAUGUCAGCUUAUUGCUUUUGAAAUUGCUUUUGAAAAGCAUCAGACCUCCGUCAGUUUCACGAUCACAGGUUUUGCAUGGCCUGUGAAAUCCUGAAGAACAGAGCCGACUUGCUGUGAGACUCUCAUGAGAGCCUGGAGCAAAACAGAUGGCUGAUGCAUGCGAUGAUGACUCUUAACAAGAAAGCAUGAUAGCAUUUUGAUUAACGUCACAAACAUUUACACUGCAGCCACAUUAAAUGCCGUUAGACUACAAUCGCUGCUACGUGGUAUUUUUUUUUUGCUAGAUUAAACUGUUUAUGGAAACCAGGGUUUUGAUUUUUUUAGGCAUUUAAUUUUAGCAGCCUGUGGGUGACUAAACAUGUGAAGCAAUGUGUGAUAUAGUCUUUAUGUAAGCCUAGCCAUGUAAAAUGUCACAAUGAUCACACUUAUGCAGGAAAAUCAAGGGUAUGAAACAUAAUUUUUGUUUGUUUCAAAUUUGGUGUAAAUUAAUUUUCAACAAUGUGUGAGAGGGAGAUUACUGGCAAUGUAACAUAUCAUCCUAUGUGUAUGUAGGACUAUGUGUUAAUUAUUUUUGCUUUUCAGUCAAUGCAAUAUUGUCAAUACAGCAUUUUGAUUUAUUAAGACAUUCAGCCAAUAUUUACACAU